CAAACUGGCGACUGCUGGUUAGUUUGUGCUCUAGAAUAUUGUUAAGGUUGUGUGGACUAUCACUGCGGAUUUCGGCCUUAUAUAAUUACAUUAAACACAGCUAUUGCUCAGCAUUGGACCAAGGGAAUAAUAAAUGCAUAGAAUAAUGCACUUAUUGCGACAAAUAUCGCGACGCGUGAGGAACGAAGAAGAGGAUGAGAUGGUUUCGAGUAGGCCGGCUCGAGAUGGCACAAUUAAUUUAGCGAACAGUCGAUAAAGCCAUCCGCCGUUGAUCUGUGGAGAAACUAAGUGCUCUAUCAACUAAAGAAAAGACGAGGGAAGACAUUCUGCCUGAGAAAAGGUUUUCUGGCUGAAAUGUGAGCCCAAACUCUACCAAACACAAGCCAUGGCUGCCAUUAUUGGAACAAAACCACGAGACGACUGAGUACCUUCACUACAGCCCAAUUUUUGUCACCAGCUGUGAUGGCCAACACUGUUGCUACUCUGGUGGUCCAAACCGAACUCUUAACUUCUCAAACACCUUCCGCCCUUUCUCCUUUUCCUUCCCUACUUCCUUCUGUAGAGGAUGGAGAGGAGGAUGGAGGGAAGGGAGAAGAGGGCAAAGAGUCUGAAACGGUCGUGCUCACAGGUGACAUGGUGACAUCAUCAACGGCACCUGUUACAACGGUGGCUCAAAACCCGGAGCAUCCAUUUCAGUGUCUGGACUGCGGCAAGAGUUUUAAGUGGUCAUCCAGACUGGCACAUCAUCAGAGAAGCCAUAACAAUGAAAGGCCAUAUCGUUGUAACAUUUGCCCUAAGGCCUUCAAAGGCUCAUCUGCCCUAUUGUACCACCAGAGGUCUCAUUCUGGAGAGAAGCCCUACAAAUGUGAUGACUGUGGUAAAGCAUUCAAACGCUCCUCUCUUCUACAGAUUCAUCGAAGUGUGCAUACAGGUCUACGCACUUUCCAGUGCUCCUACUGCCCUCUGACCUUCAAGUGGAGCUCACACUACCAGUAUCACCUCCGCCAGCACACUGGUGAAUGUCCGUACCCAUGUGACAGCUGCUCCAAAGCCUUCAAGAACUCAAGCAGCCUCCGCCGCCAUAAGAAUGUACACCUGGGCUUCAAGCCUUACGUCUGUGACGUCUGCAAUAAAGCUUUCAGCCAGUCCACCAAUCUGCGACAGCACAUGCGCAUACACACAGGGGAGCGUCCAUAUAUUUGCGGAGAUUGUGGCCGCAGCUUCACUCAUUCUUCCAACUUGGCGCUGCAUCGCAUCUCUCACAUGGACGGGAAGGGGAAAAGUGCUGGGAAGGCUGGAGGGGUCAACUCAGCAACUCGUCAGGUGGAAGUGGUGCUGACGGAGGAUUUGACCACUGUUGGUAUGAGCAUUUCCGAAAUGGUUGGCCUUGUGGGUGGACAGGAAGGAGCAGUCGGGCAGGUGUUCCUGUCUCACAGUACACCUUCACCUGCUACCUCAGUUUCAGCCAAUCAGAACCUCCUGCCACAACUAACACUCACACCUACUUCCUCUUCUGUCACGGACACAGAUCAUAUCCACAUGAACAAGGGUGACACGUGUGCUAAUGUCUUGCUUUUCAGCUGUGGCAGUUGUAAUGAGACAUUUUCAACACAGAUUCACCUUGAAGAGCAUCAGACACUACACUUAGAUAGCCUGGGCCCAGCAGGUGGUGGCGUGGUUGCUACGGAAAGUUGUACAGAGGCUGAUGGAGGUGGGGUGUCACUGGUCGGGGCUACACCAUUGUUGGCAGACUUCGAAGAGGUUGUUGAAACUACUACAGUUGCUGACAGUGGGCAGGGUGCAGAGUUAUUAGGUCUGGAUGCAGUUAGAAACGAGUCCGGUCAAGCACAGUAUGAUCUUCUGCAGACCUUCACUGCAUCUGUGAAUCAGUUGACAUCUGAUAACAGCUUACCAACUGCACAAGCUACAACAGACUGUACCUACUGUGGGAAGACUUUCAAGACCAGCAGUGGACUGACCAGACAUGUGGCUCAGGCCCAUCCUCGCACUCUAUCCGAUUCGCGUACUCAGUUCAACUGCUCGGCAUGUGACCGAUCCUUCCCUCUGCUCUCCUCUCUGCUUAACCACCAGCACUCCCACACUCCUGAGCAGAGGUUGCUUGCUGAGGCAGAAGCGGAGGCAGAGAUCGUCUGCCCCUCUCUCUCAUUGCCCCUGUCCUCCUUAAAGAGAGAGGGAGAAGAUGGAGAGAGAGAGAUCCAUGUCAGUCUGAUUGCCGUCACUGAAGAGGGCGAGAGGCGAGCUGUGAAACCAUCUGCCAAAGCUUCAGGGAAGGGAAGCAGGAGAGGUGGAGGUAGCAAGACAUCUGCCGCAAAUAACGAGAGGCCAUAUCGCUGCUCUGAGUGUGGGAAAUCAUUCAAAGGCUCAUCAGGACUAAGGUACCACAUGAGAGACCACACUGGGGAGAGACCGUAUCGGUGCACAGAGUGUGGCAAGAGCUUCAAACGGUCCUCGCUGCUCUCCAUACACCAAAGGGUGCACACAGGUGUGCGGGCCUUUCAGUGCCCCUACUGUCCACUGACCUUUAAGUGGAGCUCACACUACCAAUACCAUCUUCGCCAGCACACCGGUGAGCGGCCAUAUGUAUGUCAGGAAUGUGGCAAGUCUUUCAAGAACACCAGCUGUCUCCGUCGCCACAGUCAGCUCCACUCUGGUCUACGUCCACAUGCUUGCUCGGUGUGCGGUAAGGCUUUCUCUCAGACCUCCAACCUCAAACAGCACGAGCGAACACAUUCUGGAGAAAGGCCCUUUCAGUGCUCCCAGUGCCACAAAAGCUUCACCCACUCAUCCAAUCUGCAGCUGCACCUACGCACACACUCCUCACACAAGGACUUCAAGUGCCAACACUGUGGAAAAGAGUUUGUCAUGCUUUCCUACCUGCAGAGGCAUUUGAGAACUCAUUUGAGAACUUCUGCGGGUGAUGUAGCAUGUACAAAGGAAGCAGGAAAGGUUGUUAAAGGUAGUGGGGCUUCAGAGACAGCAACGCUAAAUGUAAACUUGAAUGUACCUGGAGGGCUUACCUCAUUGUUUCCCACUGAUAGUAAUUCCACUUUGAUUCUUUCACCCCCAAAUCUGGACAUACCUCCAAACACAUCACAGAAUUAUUUCAUGAUACAGACAACUUCGGGUUUGCAGCUGAUCCCACUGUCCAAUCCCACACCAACACAACCAGCCCCACCUCCUCCACCCCCUCCUCCUCCACCACCUCCACAGAAUUUCCUGCUUCUUCAAUGUCAGUCCAACAAUGGAAAUCAGCCUAGUCUGAUCCUAGUCCCCACAGCAUCCAGUACAAACACUCUUCCCACCCCAUCAGAACCACAGACCCUUCCCUUGGUUCAGACUAUUCCAGCAAUGCCCCAAGUUCUGGCAGCACCCCAAACUCCAAUCCAGCCAUUUCAACCAGUUCAGACACAGCAGAGAUUUAUUUUGACCAAUAAUAAUGCUCCACUCAUUACUCACCAGCCUCAAAACACACCGACGAUUGCUCGUCCCAUUUUAGGCAGUCUCGCUCGGAGCAGAAAAGGAGGAACUCGGCGUGGACGAAAGCCUAAAGCUGCUACUCAAAAAUCCCCCCCUGCCCUUCAGACUACACCAGUCAAUCAACCAUUAAUGGUGUCAUCUGCAAGUUCCACAUCGACCACGAUAUCCAGUGCCACUUCUGCUGCUUCAGUAAAGACAAUGUUCCCACAGCUUAAUGCUAAUAAUCCACCAGCUGUUUCGCCUGUCAGCACUUGCCAAGUAUCUGAAAGCCCUUCUGUUCCUGCAGUUAGCAUUAUGUCAGUGACACCAAACUCUAAACUAACAAACAGUUCCCCCAUGUUGAGCAGUGAUUCUGAGAGUGUUGCAGUCAAGAAAGCUGUUAAAGAGAUAUCAAGGGAGCACUUUGUUCUGUGCUUGAAGAAAGAAAUAGAAAAUGGAGAACAGGGGGAUAGGAUGGAAGUGAAGGUGGAGAUGGGAGGACAGAAUGAUGCAGAGCAAUCUUAUGUCUUGCAGAUUGAAGGUGAGCACCAGGAAGAGGGAGAGAAUGGUGAGGGACAAGAGAAGUCAUAUGUCCUGCGAUUUCAGACAGAGGGAGAAUGUGAGGGAGAAGCAGGUAAAGAUAAGACAGGAAUGGUCUCUCUUAACUUACUGCAAGAGUGGACCGAACAGAGUGAGGGACACAGAGCUGCAAAUGCUGAAGGAAAUGUUGAAGUAGAGAAGUCAUUUGUGCUUCAUUUCCAAACUGAGCCUCAAAAUGAGGAUGACAUUCAGCCAAGUUCAGGCUUCAUAGGAGGCCCAGAUGAGGAUCUCAGUCUUUCUUGUCAUUCUGGACAAGCCUUGGUACCCCUAGAAGGGCAGGAUGUGGUGUUUGAGCUUGGUGACGAGACAAAAAUUGAUGGAAGCACAGGUCCAGGAGACAGUGUUCAAAUGAUCGCUCUAAUAGAAGGUGAGGGGAACAGUUCUGGGGCAAGGGGCAGUUUUAAAGGUGCUGUUGGGGCAAACUCUGGGCAAAUGGAGGGAAUCUUCCAGUUAGAGGGUGGAGAAGGCAUUGUUAUAAUUGAAGUUAGCACCAGCAGUUUGAGAGAGAGCGGAAUAGAGGCAGCAGAUGUAGGACAUGAUUUAGUGGAAGGAACUGAGGAAAACCAAACUAAUGAUGCUCAAAGCAGACAGGAAGUAAUGUCAGAAGAGUUAAAAGUUGCUGAAACUGAGAGUUUAUCAACAACAGAGAUGGGGCUGAUUGGAACUUAAGGUCAAGUGGAAUGACUCUGAUAUUUAACAGUUUGCACCUCUAGACACAUUUUCAAAUGCAAAACUACCAGUUGCACAUUUGUUUAUCAAUUCUACAAACUGGGUUAAUGUAAUAGUUCUGUCAUUUUGAAGUGUUCCUAUUGGACGUCUUUAGAGAGUAGGAACAUGCUGACGGUAUUGUACACGACCUAUGUUAGAUCUUGCAUAAAUCAUAUGGCUUGUUGCACACAUAGACAUCCUUAGAACACCACUGUGUCUUCUUCCUUUGUUGUUGUCCCCUGCAAGAAUGCACUUUGCAGGGAUAAAGCAUAUGUUGCUUGGAUACAGUUACAGUUGUUCACCUGGCCCCUACGGGGAGCUGUUUCACAAACCACAGUCAUCAAAUCACAGCCCAGCCAAAAACAGUGGUUUCUCAAUGAAGGAAAUCUUGGUUGCUCUUCUAUAUCCAGGGUGCACUGAAAACAGAAUUUUUAAACUAAUAUGAAAUAUGAACUAUAUUCAGCUAUGCUGUCAUGUUGACAGUGACUGCACAAAGUGAACUUUUGUAAAUAUGUCUACUCUGUUUGUUUUCAGUCUUAAUAUUGGUACUAGAUGACAAUUACCAAUAAAAAAGGUAUUAAUGUCA